UGCCCCAUUUCAAACUUGAACGUCAUAAGGAAGAGAGAGAGUAAAAUUAUUAGAAGUACGAUAGGGAACAUGUUUGUGUCAUGCUUUUUCGUUUUGCUUUUCUGUGUAAAGGAGAGUUUUUGUUUAAAUCUAACAAAUCACGGGAAUGAAGUCGAACACCUGAAACAACUUGUCCAGCAACUUAAUGCCAGUCUUCAACACAAUGUAAUCGAAAUUGAUCGACUUAAGAAAGAAUCUGCCAGCCUUAAAGCGACAUUAACCGCCAGUUCUAAAGAUCCUGUACCCAUCGCUUUCACGGCUAGACUAUCCAGCAAUAUGGUACUAUCAAAUCAACAGACCGUUAUAUUUGAUAAUGUACUUUUAAAUCUCGGAAACGCUUACCAUGAAACAUACGGGCAUUUCACAGCUCCUGUAAGUGGUGUAUACCAGUUUGCUGUUUCUUUGUUAACCGGGCCAGGCGGAAGUAAUUCUUACUUUGCAGUAUUGAGAAAUGGAAAUCAACUUUUAGGCAGUAUUUACAUUGUUAAGGACUAUUAUUCUUCGUCUGUGACAGUUACCGCUCACUUAGAUAUGUCUGAUGUUGUGUUUGUCAGAGCUGACAGUGCUUCUAAACUUGAUGCUGGUUAUUACUGUGCUUUUAGUGGGUUUUUGAUUCAGUGAUUGAAUUAUAAAUGAAGCCGCGGGUGUCGAUUCCCGAAAACAUCAUCAAAGGUGGCACAACGAAUUUGGUAUUUUUAAUCGACUUAGAAUUACAUUUUACAUUUUUACAAUCAUAUACAUGUAAUGUUAAAGAAAUAUCAGCUUUAAAUCUAUAAAAAAAAAAUUGUAGAAAUAUGCUAUUAUGAUAGUUUUGUAUGUAACUUUAACCAAGUUUAAGAUUUCAUCAAAAUAAAGAUUGAGGCUGUAUUGAA